AUGGCUGCACAAAUGUCAAAACAGCCUGCACUUGAUGUGGGCACCACCAAGUUCACUGCCCCAGUUAAGAAAAUCUUUGAUAGCCAGGGAACGUAUGAUUUUCAAUCAUCAUUGGCGAUUUCACGAUUAAACUUCUUCUUACGAAAAUAUGUCCAAAUGGUGAAGAAACAAAAAAUAUGUCAUGAUCCAUCAAAUGUGCCAGCGGUUAAUUCAUUCGUACAACUUCUAUCGUCUCUUUCAGCACUUAUUGAUCAGACACCCCCUCUAGCGGGACCUAGAAGGUAUGGUAAUUUGGCAUGCAGAGAUUGGCAUUCUAAAGUAGACUCAAGUCUCUCUAAACUACUGGAAGAUUUACUACCACAGAAUGAUCAAAGAUGUAUUGUUGAAUUGAAGUAUUACCUGGGAAACAGUUUCGGAUCCUCAACCAGAUUAGACUACGGUACGGGUCAUGAAUUAUCAUUUUUAGCUGUAAUUGGUGCAUUAGAUAUGCUGGGGUUUUGGACGGAAAAUAUCACAGGUCAAGAUAUUCUGCUGAUAUUUGAUACAUAUUACAAAUUGGUAAGGAGAUUAAUUUUGACUUAUACACUUGAGCCUGCGGGCUCUCAUGGAGUUUGGGGUUUAGAUGACCACUUCCAUUUAGCAUAUAUAUUGGGUAGCUCCCAAUGGAGUAACGACCCCAAGACUCCGAUAUCGCCUCGAGAUAUAACCAAUGUGGAUUUGGUUCAGGGCUAUGCUGAUAGUAACCUAUACUGCCAAGCAAUAAAUUUCAUCUAUAAGGUUAAAUCUGGACCAUUUUCUGAGCACUCUUCCAUGCUGUAUGAUAUAGCCACAACUGUGCAUACAUGGUCAAAAGUUCAGUCGGGUUUAUUGAAAAUGUAUGCUGUCGAAGUGUUGAACAAAUUUCCGGUAGUACAACACUUUUGGUUCGGAACUGGCUUCUAUCCAUGGAUUGAUAUCAAAAGUGGUAAAGAGUUACCUGUUUAUGAAAAUUCAACAGAAAUAGAGCGCGAAGAGGAAUUGAGAACGACGCAAGGGCCCACCAUAUCUUUAGCUAAUGCACCCCCAAUCACUUCCGCUACGUAUCACCUUCCACCGGGUAGUGGCCAUACAGGUAGUAGAUUACCCGUAGUAAACGCCAUCCCUUCGAAAUCGAGCAUGAGACCCACGAUGGGUCCCCCUACGUCGAGAUUGUUUUCAAAUAGAUCGAACACGGCUUCACCAACCCUUUAUCAAAGCCCCAAAGGCGAUGAAACAGCACAUUAG